UAUACUAACUCUGUAUAAUUAUUGCAAAUGAAGUGUGGAAAUCCCUAAUCAUCUCCAUGAAUGGGGCCUUGGCAUGAUGAAUUAAAAAGAAAGAGACAAGUCUUUUCUAACCCCAAUAAACAGAUCUGCUAAACAAAGGCAUUACCCUGUGCGAACAUCCCUUUCCUCUCCGGUUCAUGAGCCUCCGUUUCGGAAAAGUGCAGAGCUUGAUCGCUGAAAUAAAUGCUUCAUUCUUCAAAUAUGAGGGUUUCCUCUCCUCCAUCACUCCAUAAUUACCACUAGCUAGGGCUCCCAACACCUCCACAACUCCUCACCACCAUGUUGGGAAGAAACACUUACCUCCCCCCCGCCGACCUCGACUCCGGCGUGGAAAUCCUCCUCCACCACCACCACCACCACCAAUAUCUCCACCCGGAAGCAGCAGCCGCCUUCUCGGGGCUCUACUUGGCCGCUCCCGAGGCCUACAACGGAGAGGGCUCGGGCGCUGCCCCGGUGAGGAAGCAGGCGGCGAAGAAGGACCGGCACAGCAAGAUACACACGGCGCAGGGGCCGAGGGACCGGAGAGUCCGCCUCUCCAUCGGCAUUGCGAGGAAGUUCUUCGAUCUCCAGGAGAUGCUGGGCUUCGACAAGCCCAGCAAAACCCUUGAUUGGCUUCUCACCAAGUCCAAAGCAGCCAUCAAGGAGCUGGUGCAGACCAGCAACAGCAACAAGAGCGACUACUCCUCUCCCUCUGCAUGUGAGAUGGUGGCCUCCUCUGAUCAGCAACACGGAGGAGGAGGGGAUUCCAGCAGGAGGGACAAGGAUAAGGCCGCGAGGGAGGCGAGGGCCAAGGCGAGGGCGAGGGCGAGGGAGAGGACGCUGGAGAAGAUGUGCAUCAAGCAGCUCGGUUCUGAUCUCAACCCUCCAUCGUUUGAAUGCAAUCAGCUGGGGUUUUUGCAGCUCUCCGGCAGGGCCACUGCUGGUUUUCGAGACCCGGUUUAUCACUUCGGUGAAGGGGCGAGGCAUGACCUAAUUCAAGAACCGCCUGUGAUCAAACGCAAGAACAAGAACCCUUCUUCCAUUUUGGGGUUUCAGCAAAAUAUUGGUUUGAGUUCAAACUAUAGCAUGAUCCCAUCGUCUGCUAAUGAGAAUUGGGAUGUUUUUGGGCUCUCCUCGCAAUCCAACUCUUUUGAUCAGCACAAGUUCUUCAAUAGCAGCUCAAACAUAUAGUAAGAAGAAGAAGAAGAAGAAACUCUUUGGGAAUCCACAGGACUACUAAUGUUGCUCAUAUUGUGUUUAAACAAGUAGUGUAAGUUUUUGGUUUUGAGCAAUUUUCCAAUAUC